AUGGCCCUCGAUACUCGCUCCGCUUAUUCCCUCUCCGUCCUCCCGGCCUUCAACGACCCAACCACCGAACCGCGCACCGAGUUGACCCAGAAACUUCGAGACUUCAUCCUCGCCUUUCAGCUCGACGGGCUGUACAUCUACCGCGACCAGCUGCGCAGCAACGCGCUUUCGAGACAAUAUUUCUGCGACGUGGACCUCGCGCACCUGAUCAGUUACAAUGAAGAGCUGGCACACAAGUUGACCAGCGAACCCGCGGAGGUGAUCCCCCUGUUUGAGCAGGCGCUGAAGCAAUGCACCCAGAGAAUAGUGUACCCGCACGAACGGGACGUGACGCUGCCUCAGCAUCAAUUACUGCUACAUUCGAGCGUCGCGCAUAUCUCGAUACGAGACCUCACGGCGGAGAACGUCAGUCAUCUGGUGCGCAUUCCGGGGAUCGUUAUCGGAGCGAGCACGCUGUCGAGCAAAGCCACGUUGGUGACGAUCCAGUGUCGCAAUUGCGAGCACACGCAGCAACUUCCCGUCGAGGGCGGCUUCAGCGGGAUUACCCUGCCCCGGCAGUGCGGGCGGGUGAAGAUCCCCGAGCAGGAGUCUGGCGAGGCGUGUCCCUUGGAUCCGUACUUUGUGGUGCACGAGGCGUCGCAGUUCAUCGACCAGCAAAUCAUAAAGUUGCAGGAAGCGCCGGAUCAGGUACCCGUGGGGGAAUUGCCCAGACACAUCGCAGUCAGCGCGGAUCGGUACCUCACAAACCGUGUCGUUCCGGGCUCGAGGUGUACGGUCAUGGGCGUGUUUUCAAUCUACCAGCAGAAUAAGGGCAAUAAGAAGGACAGCGCAGUCGCGUUGAGACAGCCCUAUCUCCGAGCGGUGGGCAUUCAGACGGAUGUGGACCACUCCGCGGUAGGCGCCUCGUUCACAGACGAGGAGAUUCAAGAGUUUGAAGAGAUGUCCAGGUUGCCAGAUCUGUAUGAGCGGUUUGCACGAUGCAUCGCACCAUCGAUCUACGGCAAUGCGGACAUCAAAAAGGCCGUAGCAUGUCUACUGAUGGGCGGCUCCAAAAAGGUUCUUCCCGAUGGCAUGAAAUUGCGAGGCGACAUCAAUGUCCUUCUCCUGGGUGACCCCGGCACAGCAAAAUCUCAACUGCUGAAAUUUGUCGAGAAAGUCUCGCCCAUAGCCAUCUACACAUCCGGCAAAGGCUCUUCGGCAGCGGGUUUGACUGCCUCAGUCCAACGAGACACUCAAACACGCGAGUUCUACCUUGAAGGAGGUGCGAUGGUCCUUGCAGACGGCGGUGUCGUCUGUAUAGAUGAGUUCGACAAGAUGCGCGAUGAAGACCGAGUAGCCAUCCACGAAGCAAUGGAACAACAAACCAUCUCAAUCGCAAAAGCCGGUAUCACCACGAUCCUCAAUGCUCGAACGUCCGUGCUUGCUGCGGCGAAUCCCAUCUUUGGGCGGUACGAUGACCUCAAAUCUCCUGGUGAAAACAUUGAUUUUCAGACAACCAUAUUGUCGCGUUUCGACAUGAUCUUUAUUGUGAGGGACGAUCACGACAGAAAUCGCGAUGAAACAAUCGCGAAGCACGUCAUGGGCAUUCACAUGGGUAACCAAGGUGUGGAAGAACAAGCCGAGGUGGAAAUCCCCGUUGAGAAGAUGAAGCGAUAUAUCAGUUUCUGCAAGUCACGGUGUGCUCCUAGACUCUCACCUGGCGCCGCAGAAAAGCUAUCAUCACAUUUCGUCUCGAUCCGUAACCGCGUUCAUCAAGCCGAGAUGAACAGUAACGUCCGGUCGUCCAUUCCAAUCACGGUCCGUCAACUCGAAGCCAUAAUCCGUAUUACUGAAGCGCUCGCCAAACUCACUUUGUCUACCACGGCGGAGGAGCAUCAUGUUGACGAAGCCAUUCGUCUCUUCUUGGCCAGCACCAUGGAUGCUGUCUCCCAGGGUGAAGGCGCUGGCGGACUUGGCGGCAACAGAGAUUUGAUGGAGGAAGUGAGCAAGGUUGAAGAAGAACUGAGAAGGAGGCUGCCGAUUGGCUGGAGCACAAGUCUGGGGACCCUGAAACGAGAGUUCGUCCAGGGUAGAGGGUACAGCGAGGCGGCGCUGGCCAGAGCCCUGCAUGUCUUACAGCGAAGAGAGACUGUGCGGCUGAGAAACGGCGGCAGCCAGGUAUACAGAAGUGGUGUUUGA